AUGAAUUCAGGGGAUUUGGGGGCUCAACAUCCUCCUUUCCCGCGGCUGUGCAAUGAGGGCUUCCACUCUUGGUUUGCUGUUUUUUCUUCUUUUCUUUCCUCUUCCUUGGCUGAAUCUGAUGAAGGAAAAGAGGUGAAAAUAUAUGCUGGUCCAAGGGAUGCUUCUGACAGCAUGCGGGAUGGUAUUCAUCGGUUCUUUGGAUGUCUCUGGCUUGGGACUGGUUUCCAGCAGCUUUGCUUAAGGAGUCUGCCAUCUGCUCUUCACACCCAAAACUUCUCUCCAACUAUUUUUCUGCUUUUGCUCUUCCACGAAGUCAGACCAAGGAAGAAAGUGCAAUCGGGUAGGAAUCACCCAUCUCCAGCUGCUGGGAAGAAAGCCCCCAGUCCGACUCGGACUCAACCUCGUCGUUCCUCCUUCGUUCCAAAGGAGCCCGUUCGUCGCUGCUGGAAAGCCAAAUACCAAAACCCCCCUUUUUACCCAUCUUGUUUCCGCUGCAACAAUAGUGCUCACGGAGUGGGUGCUAGCAAGGAAGGGCCCGCGCCAUUGUCUAGGUUUCUUCCUUCGUUGAUUUUGCUCGAGCUGCUGGAAAGGCUUUCUUUCCUUGAGGACGUACCUAUAAGGGCAUCCGGUAAUCCACCAUUUAUCAUAAGGGAUCAUCUUUACUCCGUAGAUGACAGGUUGAAGAGAGGGAGACCACCUCCCUUGCUUAAGGGCGCCGACGAGGAUGUAAUUAUUGAUGAAGAACCAGCGCCAGAAGCUACUCCAGUGAUCGACCCCGCAUCUGUAUCAAGGUGCUGCAUAGAAAGGGGUAUGUUUCCGGCAGUUCCUUUGUUCUUUCAAUAUCCUUGCAGCACCAGCAAGGGUUGGUCGGAGUGGGUUGAUGAUGAACUGAAGAACCCGUCUACCCCGUGA